AUGGACUUUUCAAAGGACUUUGACAAGGUCUGCCAUAACAAGCUCCUAGCAAAACUGAACUUCUACGGUGCACGAAGUGAUAUUUUGCAUUGGAUAUCGUGCUUCCUUGAUAGUCGUCAGCAGUGCGUUGCAGUCGAUGGAGAACAGUCCCCAUACCCCCCAGUCCUCUCCGAUGUUCCUCAAGGCUCCGUUAUUGGCCCAAUCUUGUUCCUUGUGUACAUAAACGAUCUUCCGGAAUACGUUCAAUCCAAUGUACAUCUUUUUGCUGACGACACAAUUAUGUAUCUGGCAAUUCACUCGGAAGAUCAGUGCGCUCAACUACAAUCAGACCUAGACAACCUACAAUCAUGGGAGAAUGAUUGGUUAAUGGAGUUUAACCCAGACAAAUGUGAAGUCCUACGAGUAACGCGCAAGAAAUCAAUGAUACAUCAUGACUAUACUCUUCACGGCAAAGUCCUCAG